UCAUUGUUAUAGUUUUUAUGUUAAGUUUGGGAAACAAUGAGGUUGAAGGAAGACUAAUCAUAUCCGAAGAAGAAGACACGGAGUUAGAAAGGCAUCUCAAGAUUCUUAACAAACCUCCAGUAAAAACAAUUCAUACAGAAUGGGGCGAUAUUUAUGAUUGUAUCGACAUUUAUAAACAACCUGCAUUCAAUCAUCCUUUGCUAAAAAACCAUACGAUCCAGAUGAAACCAAGCAAGGAGCUGAAAUACUCGACAAGUGAGGCACAAAAUGUUGAUGCUCCUAUGGAAAGUUGCCCAAAAGGAACAGUACCAAUCCGGAGGACAAGUAAAGAAGACUUAAUUAGAGCCAAAUACUUAUCAUCACCGGAAUCCAUAUCCAAUGAUUCUGAUGAAUAUUGGGCAGGUAUUGAGUAUAGCAAAAGUGGUGAAACAUUUCCCGGGGCCUCUGCGAGGAUAAAUCUUUGGGAACCACACGUAAUAGAUAAUCAAUCUAGUUCAGCUGUAAUUUCUUUAAGAUCUGGUACUGAUAAUCAAUACACCGAAAUACGGUAUGGGUGGACGGCAAACCGGAUACUCUAUGGCAAUGAAACGGGAAUUCGAUAUUUUGCAUACUGGACCGCUGACAACGGACAAAGGACUGGUUGCUAUAAUAUGAUGUGCCCCGGUUUUGUUCAAGUACACCCACGGUAUCCUCUUGAUAAUCGUAUCUCAAAAACCUCGGUGUAUGACGGCGUUCAAUGGAAAAAUGAAAUUAACGUGUUUCUGGAUGUUGAAGGAAAGAAAUGGUGGUUAUUAAGACACGGCAACAUAGCUAUUGGAUAUUGGCCAGCAGAACUUUUCCCACUAUUUGGUAAAACCGGUGCAGAACGUAUAUAUUGGGGUGGACAUUCGAGAGAUAAUGGAGAUGGACAUGGUCCUCAGAUGGGAAGUGGAUAUUUUCCGGAUAAAAAUUAUCAUCAUGCUGCUUGGUUUAAACACAUGAAAUAUUAUGAUGAUGAAUCGCUUACAUUUGUGGAUCCUGACGAAAAACUCAUGGAGAGGAUUAUUGGGUGCCAGCGACAUUAUGACGUGUGGUAUUUCGGGCUUCAGGUGGAAAGGGGUCAUACCCUCCAGUUUGGAGGACCUGGUGGCAAAUGCUAAUUAAAGUGUGUCUACUGUAAGUUGCUUUGAGAGGGAUCCCAUUGAGGAACUUUUUAACUGUGACAAAGUGUAGUCUUUCUUUAAUAAAUUUGCUUUAGAUUGA